UUUGUAAAGUGCGAUUUGCACGUGUGUGUGUUUAAUUAGCGCGUGCGUGCACGCUUGCGCGAGCGAUGCGCUGAACGCUCUCCAGCAGUCGCGUCUCCUCCGCUCGCGUGCAGGUGUCACAUUCCUCGGAUGCUCGCGAUCAUUUGAACCCGGGACCCUAUCAUCAUGACGGACCCCUCCUCUGCUGCUGACCCCACUGCUGGUCCUGCAGACCCCGGUCCUGAUCCCGUUCCUGCUUCUGCUCCGGAUCCACCGGUGUUGGGUUCAGCAUCGACUCCUGCGAACGGACACCAUCCGAGCCAAGCAGACACUUUCAACAUGGAGCAGCAGAUGAAAAUAGGAGAGCCGGACGACAACGGACUCCUGGAGAGCAGUAUGCGUCUGAAACCCCAGGAGGCCCAGAGUUACAGAAAAAAGGCAUUAUGGGUAUCGUGGGUCUCCAUUGUGGUGACAAUGAUCUUAGCCAUCGCUGCGUUCACUGUUUCUAUAAUGCGGCAUAGUGCAUCAGCGUUUGGGUUUGCUUUUGAUGCCACUCUGGACGUCCUGUCCUCCAUAAUCGUGCUUUGGCGAUACAGUAACGUGGCGGCCAUCCAUUCAGCACACAGAGAAUACAUAGCGUGUGUCAUCCUCGGGGUUGUGUUCAUCUUGUCGGCCAUCACUAUCCUGGUCAAAGCCAUCCAUGACCUCGCCACAAAACUGCAACCAGAAGUGGAUGACUUCCUGUACAGCGUCUCAGUUAUCAGCGGGAUUGUGUGUGCUAUUCUGUCCGUCUGUAAGUUCAUGCUGGGGAAAGUCCUCACUAGCAGGGCCCUCAUCACCGACGGUUUUAACUCUCUAGUCGGCGCCGUCAUGGGAUUCUCCAUCCUCAUCAGCGCCGAGGUGUUCAAACACGAACCUAAAGUCUGGUACCUGGACGGGACUAUCGGGGUUCUGAUUGGACUGAUCAUUCUCGCCUACGGAGUCAAGUUGUUAAAGGACAUGGUGCCCCGCCUCAGGCAGACGAGACAUUACGAGCGCUUCGAGUAGCGAUUCUGAUUCUGGAAGACUCAACACACACAGAAACACUCAUGUGGAGAUUCUCCUGAGAGGAAAACACAACUUAACACACAACACACACACUUUACCUGCCUCAGAGCAAACGCAGCCACAAACUCCCCCUGUAAAUAUGGAUCUGAAAGGGAAAACUAAGAAUUAAAUAUAUAAAAUGAGUAUAAUCGUAUCGUUUGAGAUGGAAAUGAGCUAAGAUACAUUUCAGAAUGUAUAUAAUCUGAUACUGAAAACCAAGAUUCAUCGCGUUGAGUAAUAUUAUGGGUAUCCAUAUAAUGGGUGAGAGACAUUUUUAGGUAUGAUUUGUGCAGGUUAUUACAAAUAUAAAUGUCCAGGUUAGGAGGGAAGAGGUUUAUCAGGUAAACUUAAGAUUGCCAUUUUUGUCUAGUUUGUUUAAGUUCCUAUUUAAUUGAGUAGUUCUUUAGUAAA